AACAGAGCCAGCCACGACCGUCGUUUCGUUCUUUUCUACAGCGAUGUGUUGCCAUGAGCUAUUUGUCAGCUCGAUGGCUCUGGAGAGUAAUUCUCUUUUCCUUGUAGGAAGUUUCCUUCUCGUUGGGUCCUCUUUGGUGAGGGCGAUGAGUUUGAAAUGUCGACUUGAUAGGAAACAUCUUCCCAUCCCCUUCCCCCUCCUGCAAUUUCUAGUCUCUUCUCACAGAGUGACCACUCAAGAGAUUGAUCGGACCAGACUGCACAAUCUGGAGUGGCUCAAGCUGGGCAUUGGCGAGCUUUGAAUGGUUCCAGCCCUCUCUACCACCGUUCCUGGUGCUCGUGGCAACCGCAGUCACAUAUCAUGUGCAACCCGCAAAGAAUUUGGCAAUUUCAAGCGCCAAUUCUUGAGAAAUGUCACGGAGCGUGCGCUACAUUCUCUCCAUGCCUGCCAAUGAGAUGCUUUGUUGUUGAGGUGGUUGUUUUGCAUUCCAGAGACAGCGUUAUGUGGAUCACACUGCCCUCGCCGCACGGUGACUCUGUCCAAGGUAAAUAUCAUGCGCAAUGGUUCCAAAUUCCCUUCUGCUCUCUUCUACUCCUCGAUAGGCUCGCUCUCUUUUCGAGACUCGUUACACUCGUUUCGAAGUGUCGUUUUUGUUCCAGUCAGUCACUCUUUUGGAAUAUUGAUUUUCAGCUUCCUCUCCUCGCUCGUCGCGAUACAUACAUCCUGCAACCACCGAAAACAUACUCCUCAUCCUGCCCGCACCUGGAAAAAUGAAGCGAUCGACGCGCACCAACAUGCCCUUAGCGGCACUGCUCAUCGCUGCGGCCAACGCGCAGACCACCACAGUCGUCAAUGACCCAGCUGACACGGCUGCCACCACCGUGUACUAUUCCGUCUGCCCGACUGCCUUGACUACAACCACCACUUUGUCCAGCACCAUCACCUUCUGUCCGGGUCCCAACUGCAACGGUGGUGGUGCCGUGAUCACGCCUCCCCCCACCGGCCCACAAGGCACUGAAAUCCUCUCUUACACCACCACCCUCCCAAAUGGGGAUGUGGAGGAAAUCCACGAGUACCUCACCAUCUACCACCAGAUCUGCAGCAACGGCCAGUCAAUUGGACAAGCCACGUAUACCAUCACAGAGGCUUGCCCAUGCGAAGCAACCCCGAACCCAACCUCCAUUCCUGAAGGGUUUACUACCACCGUUAUGUCUUGCGAUGUUUGCCACAACGGCGGAGCCACCACAAUGACUAUUACCACACCAUGCUCAACCGGCCCAUACGCCACCCAGACUCCCAUCAUCGGACCUACUGGUGGUGCCGGUGCACAAGCACAAGCAGCGGCAAGCGCAGGAGCUAAUGCCCAGGCUGAGGCCGGUUCUGGUGGAAGUGCUGGCUCCUCCAGUGAGAGCAACGGCGGCAGUAGCUCUUCCGGGACUUCAGGUUCUGGCUCCCAAGGCGCCAACACGAAUGCCGCCGCCAAUGCAAAUGCAAAUGCCAACGCCGAAGCUUCUUCUGACAACUCUGCUGCCGGUGCGAAUUCUGCUUCAAGUGGAAACUCUGCCGCUAAUGCCGGUAACGGCGAAUCCAACGCUGGCGCAAGCGCAGCUGCCAACGCCGCCGCCAGCGCUGAAGCUGGAGCUGGUGGGGUUAAUAGUGGCAACAAGUACACCAACGGCACCAGCAGCAAUGGCACCAUUUCACCGCCCAUCACGCCUGUCGUCCCCAGCGGUGCCUCUGGCGCGGGCGCCAACAAUGCUAAGUUUACAGGUUCCGCCGAUAGACUGGGCUAUGCUGUCUCCGGGGUUUUUGCUGUCGUUAUGGGAUGCUUAGCGUUCAUGCUGUGAGAUUGAGGUUGGUGAAUGGGAACAGCACUGCCAUUAUGAAGGGAGUGAAGGGAUAUCUUGCUGGGUGCAUGGAAUGGAUUCUCUUGGGGGCUGGGGGGAGCAUGUUCUUGUUUAUCCGGAACAUAUUGCAAUGUAUGGACGGCAUCACACUGAAUACUGCAGUACCUUUCAACACUGGUUUGAUGGCUUGAUGGAAGGAGAGCGGCAUAAGACCCUCCAGAGUGGCUGUCGAGAUGGGCGUGGUCAAUGUUGUGUGCGGAUGAAUCAUGUGAUGUUUUCAAAGUGAAGGACGUAGACUUUGGUAUUUGCCUCGAAUCAAUCGACAUUUGCUAUAAUCCUGA